AUGGCUCUCACAUCAGAAUGGAAGAGUCCACCAGAGUCGUGGACUUCGCUGAACUUUCAGGUUGGAGAUUUAAUUGAGAUUCAAGAGGACGACAACAACACUAGCUGGGCUCUGUAUCUUGGGCAUGCGCAGGUGGUCUACACCCAGGCAUCAGCUGACCAACAGCCAACCAAUCAGGACACAGCAUCUUCAGCCAAUCAGAGCACAACGGCUACACCUGGCAGCGACAACCUUCAGAGCACUUCUGCAGCAGCAGGGACCAAUGGGAAGGACUGUAACAUCCAAUAUCAAGUCAAGAAAGGUCUACUGAAGGCUGUGAUUGGUCAGCACACAGUUAGAAUAAACAACAUGUAUGACAGCACUCGUAAGGCCUUUGCAGUGCCAACUAUAGUUGAGAGAGCAGAGCUCCAUAUUGGUGAGACUAUAACAGAUAGAAAGGACGCCAUUGUGAACCUUAGAUACGAAAGGCAAAUGAGAGUUUGGCAUCUGUAACAAAUCUCGAAAAACUUGAAACAAUCAGAGUAAAAAAGAAACCUUGCUAUAUUCAAGUGCUUUAAUUUCAUAGCCUCUCUAUAACAAUUUGAAGUCAAAGACUACAGGCAAAAACCCUUUUUACAAUAUACAUGACAUAUGUUUGCUAUCUAAUAUGUGUGCAGUAUUUCUAAUUCCACUCUACAUAUUAACCAUUGCUAUAGGAAUGCUUCACCAACAUACAUGUUAAGACAUACAUUGUCAUUAAAUCUUGUACCUUUUAAAA